CCGGUGCUGCAGGCCCCGGGAGCCCGCGCCCGCCCAGCUGUUCGGCCUGUGUUUGUUGUGCCGGAGGAGGCCCCGCUGCCUCCGCGCUCGCCGCCCUGCGCCUCCGGAUUGGUUGGCGGUAUCACGUGGCCGCGAUCAGCUGGGCCGGCUGGCGGUGGGGGCCCGACAGGUCUUCACCUGCAGUCGGCGGAGCCCACCCGGAGUAGUGUCUGGGGGUCAGCAGCCUUCCUGCCUCUCSCUGGUGGGAAGAUAGGCGUCAUUCUGCACCCCCCUUUUUCUUCACCCCUGCGCGGGUUUUUUAGAACUUCAGCUAUCAAAAUGGGCAGAAUUUUCCUUGAUCAUAUUGGUGGUACCCGUCUGUUUUCUUGUGCAAACUGUGACACAAUCCUGACUAACCGCUCAGAACUCAUCUCCACUCGGUUCACAGGUGCCACUGGUAGAGCGUUUCUUUUUAACAAGGUAGUUAACCUACAGUACAGUGAAGUUCAAGAUCGGGUCAUGCUCACUGGCCGCCACAUGGUUCGAGAUGUGAGCUGCAAAAACUGCAAUAGCAAACUAGGAUGGAUCUAUGAGUUUGCUACUGAAGACAGCCAGCGUUAUAAGGAAGGCCGUGUGAUCCUGGAACGUGCUCUAGUUCGAGAAAGUGAGGGCUUUGAGGAGCACGUACCAUCUGAUAACUCUUGAAGAAAAAGAGAUAAAUCCAUCUUUUCCCAGGUCUCCUUCACUGAAAACAAAAAUCUACUUACAUACACUGUCACCUUAGCAUCAGAGUCGGAUUCAUGAACUGCGGAACAAGAGGUUGUGAGAAUCUAAGAUGGAACCUUUCUUUUCUUUYYUUUUCUUUUUUUAAUUUUGUAUUUUCCAUCCAACAGCAGUGUGUAGAGAGAAUAUUAUGCAGUUGCUGUUAAUUUUUUUUCCCUAUGUUUACAUCUUGAGGCAGAAGAGUCUCUGCAGCUAAAUGGUAGGCUAUGUGAGGAAAAAAAUCUGGGCUA